AUAUCACCUAUGUACAACUGAUAGUCAUACCACCACUUCCUUGACGAGUGCGCAAUAUUGAAAACCUGUGUGAACGUUUCUCUUUUUCUGAGCGAAAAUGGAGAAAUCCAAAACCAAACAACAGGAUGUAAGGGAAGAAAAUGAUAAUAUUGGGACCUUUGUACAGUUCGUGUUAUUAGUACUCAAUGUUUUGUUGAUAGUUGCAAUUUUUGCAGUUUCGGUUUCAUGGACAGCAUUAAGAAAUGGACCAACAAAGGAUAUGAUACCAGCACCUAAUGUUGACCGUUCUUUGUGUGUUAAAAAAGACCAAACAAAACAAUGCGAUAGAAUUAAACCAGAAAAAUAUAUUGCAGACGAAAUUGAUAAGAACAUGAGAAAACUUCAAAUGCAAUAUAUGGCAGAAAAACUUAAUUAUGCUAACGUUGUUUGUCGGAAAUCUGCGCCAUCUGUUUACUUAUUCCGUGGUAUAAAUAAAAGUGCUGAAACCAAUGGCAUUAUCAGGUGGAAACAAACCGCAGAAAGACAUAAAACAGCAAAUAAUUUGCUAAUUUAUGAUCCUACAAAAGGUACCUUUAAAAUAAAUAAAGGUGGGAUGUAUUUUAUCUACAGCCAGAUCACAGAAAUGGCCGAAAAUCGAAUGCACAACGGCACAGCACUUCAAAUUUUUCUAGCUAGCAAUGGAAAAUCGCAGCCUAUACUUGAAAGCGAUUCUGCCCAAUGUAUAAUGAUAAAUGCUAUUGGCAAGCGAGCUCAUUAUGUAGGGUCUGCGUAUUCUUUGAUAGCAGGGGAUGUUUUAUCUGCGGUUCAUUCACAUCCACAACAUAUCGUAGAUAGUCACGACACGUUCAUGGGUAUAAGGGAAUUGAUGUGAAGCAUAUAACCAUUGCGUUUGGUGCUAAGUCCCAUGAGGAGCCAUCCCGCGGCCCUUUAUUUCAUCAAUAGUGAGGGCGCUUCAUACAGAUAUAUACGGGUCAAUAGAGUUUUUGUAAAGAAGCUGAAGUAUGAAGGUAAUCGAGUUAUCUCCCGUAAUAAGUCCGAUCAAUAGAUCAAAACACUAAUGUGUCUUUUCAAUCGAUAUUUUUCAAUGAUCAGAUCUUAGGACUGAUUUGAAGAACUCAUGUAUACAUAUUCAUCAUUUUAAUGAUUCAUGUUGGAUAACAAAAUCACAAUCUGACAAGUUCACAAUACACUAUUUGAUUAUUUUCUGUCAUAUUAUGUUUCUACACAAUUUCAUUAUGAUCCUUCACGUCGUAUGUUCAGUUUGUGGGAUUGCCUUUGCAUUUUGAUUUUGCAGUUAUUGACAGUUUACAAAUGUGAUAAAUCUAAAAUGAAUGAUUUACCCAUUGGCUAUAAAACAAUGGAGGGGACGUCCUGGAUUUCAAAAGGAUUAAGCAGAUGCAGUUCACCCUCAUUAUUUCAUACUACUGUAUCCCAAAAUGCCUCAAUAUCAGUGUUGACAGUCCUAUGAACUUUGCUAUUACGAGUGUACAUUGUUUGUUAUAUAUUACUGAUACUUGGGGGUGUUUUAUAAACAUCACAUAAUACAUCAAAGAUUAAACACCUGACCAAAGUCGAGGGUUUGACAUAUAUCAAUAUAUAUUGUUAUCGUGCGAUAUUGUAGAGCAGUAUGUGUGAUCUUUAUAUUUUUCACUGGGAAUUCGAAGUAGCUCUCUUUUUUACCCGUUUUGAUAUUUUAAGUCAAUGGCGAACUGUCUGUAGUAUAAAAACUUGCAAGUAUUUGUCCACAUAACACAUAGAUCCGCCUUUCAACGACACUUUAUCUUCGAAUUCAUGGAUAUUUGGAUUUGUGUUUUUUUUUUGUUCGUUCCAAAUAUAUUGCCUUACUUUGUUUUUAAAUGUCAAAGAAAUACAAAAAAAUAUUAUUUUAUUUCCUGCUUUGAGGAUAGCACUUGUAUUUGUAAAUAAGUAGCAUAUAUUAAGAAACCAUUAUUAACUUUCUAUGCAAUACUAAAUGUACUAUCAUUUGUUUGUUUCUUAUGAUCUCACACAAAUUCAUGAUCAGCAUCAAAGUAAAUGCAUGUGAUUCUUAAGGAAGCGCAAAAUUAAGAAAGUCUUAUGUUUUUCAUUACACAAAUUAUUAUAGCGUUUGUUAAAAUGUAAAACAUAUUCACCAUUAUUGUAUUAUGUACUUUAAAAUCCGUUAGAUUUUCAAUAGAAAUCACUGGUUGAGUAGAGGUUGGGGUGAUUCGGUCGGCCGCACACUCUCUUUCAAUAUAUCAUAUGGAAAUUAACUGGUUGAGCCGAAACUGUGGAUGGUUGAGUCGAAUGAAUAUCUCAUAUCACUGUUUACCAACUAAAUAGUUAUUGUUGGUAUACACACUGUAAAUUUAAUAUGGUGUCAUGUGUUUAGCUCGCAUAUAUAUUGACAUUUAGUUUUCAGAUUUUUGUUGUUGUUUAUUUUAAAUAUAUUGAGAUUGUGUUGUUCAAUUUAAUACCAAAGUAUAUCGGUACUUUUGAUAGUAUAUACUAAAAGAGAAAAGUGUUUGUGAUUGAAAAGCAAUAAAAUGACACAAACAUGUA